CUGCAUAUCAUUAAUAGUAUGACUGUCAGUGAAAGUGAAAGUUAGUAACAGAACCACAGGUAGAGUGGGAUCUCGUAUACCGAUGAUGACCUUACCGGUCGCUGUUUAUUUAGCUAACAUGAUUUAAUGAUCUCCACAGAGCUGUCAGAUGGAGCUCGGUUCCCCACUAUUGUCUGUCUGCUUUAUUAUGAUCUGUCUACUCGGAGCUACGCGUAACUCCAACGGCGGGAAAAUUAACUGCUCAUGCACAGAUAUUCCUCUCAGGAAUCUAACUGAACUUCCACCAAAGACCUGCUACAAUAUUACUCACAUCUUUCGUUACAAGUGUUUAGACGGUUAUGUGAGGAAGGCGGGAACCUCAGAUCUCAUCAAGUGCAAACAAAUUAACAGUGCUGCACCACAGUGGACAGAGCCCUCACUCCAGUGUAUACCUGACCCAAAAAGAACCGUAAUACAGCUACCAAGAGUGACAGUAACAAAGGGUCACACUGAUAUUCCCCACGACUCCACCAUUACCACCGCAGUCACAGCCUCCACCAGCCUACAGAUGACCCAGCAUAUCAAUAUCUCAGCUUCAGUUACUGCAGAAUCACACAGCACAGAACCAACCUCAAGUGUUCUGUGGGUCCCGUCAGAUCACUCACAUGAUUUUGUGAGGAGGACAGGAGCAACGGAUGGGACAACAUCAACCUCAACCACCGCUGAACCUUCAAACAACAGUACAGCUAAUCUUCGUGUAUUUGAACUUAACAGCACGACAAUACCGGUGAUUAUCUGUGCUUCACUGGUGAUCAUCUGUGCUUUCAGUGGUAUCAGCUUCUUAUUUUAUAGAAGGAGGUCAACAAACAGGGUUGUACAGGAGCCAGAAGAACUGAUGCCAAUGAAUCAUGUUCAACCUAAACAGUUGUAGAGAUUAUUCCCUGCGACUUCCUGCCGGGGAGCAGCAGCCAUGCUGAAGGUCAUUUAAUCAUGUCAACGCACUGAAGAAUGAGGUAUUUCCUCCAUACAGGACGUCUCUGUUCAACAGCGCUUUUGAAGUACUGUGAGCGUUACUGGAAAACAUAAGGGCUGGCAUGAUGCAACUAGAAUUUGAAUUCACAACCUUUUUCUGGGCAGAUCUUAACACUCCUAAAAAUAUAUCCCUUAAAAUAUGAAUAUACGACACAUAUUAAACUGUUGUCAAAAAAAGUAUAUAUGCAGUAUAUAUAUGUAUAUAUAUGUUAAUGCCAGGCUUCAUAAUAUCCUCUAUUUAUUUUUUUACUGAGAUUGUCUAACUUCACUGCAGAGCUAAGUAUUUGUCAAGCUGGUGUUUGAUUAGCUGCUACAGAAAUAAAAUAAGAAAUAUAUGCUGAAGCAACGGGUUAGCAGUAAGCCAGGAACACCAACGUGUUUGCCAGUACUUAUGUGUGUCCAGCCCACUGACAUACAUAAAGAUAUACAGACAAUGGUCCAACUUUGUCUUGUGGAAGGGUUAGUUCACUCACAUCAGAGUUUAGCUCAUCUGAUCAGAGUUUAGCCAUGCAGAUAGUUAAUGUUAUCUCUUGAGAUCAAAUUUUGCCACCACUUCAAUUCGGUGGGAGUGAAUGGAAUUUUGCGUGUGCUGUUAAAAGCACUAAAAAAGAAAAAAAAAUUACAUAUGAAGAGCUAAAAAUAAAAUUGACUUUUCACACGCCUCAUGUAGUUGACAGACCCACACUUUGCUGUUAAUUGUUUUCACUGGAAAAGUUUCCGUGGUUGACAGUAUCAGUUUUCUGCUUAUCACAUUCUCUGUGACGUGUUCAGUGGUUGAUGGUGUGUUUGCAGCUGAUAAGCUUACUGGCCAGCAGGGCCAAUGAUAACCACCCUGGUGUAAAUUACUGGAAUAAGUGUAGAAAAAUAUUUUAAAGGACAAGUUUACAGAAUAUAAACUGUGCUUUAGCACCUUGGUUGCCAAAAGGUUACAGCACAUACAUUUCUAAGUCACUUCCUUGUGGGUUGUUACGUCUUACCCUUCGCUCUACCAUGUUUUCUAUCUGCCUCUUCACCAUAGGCAAAAAAAGAAUACUAACGAAUUAAAGAAGUGAUCUCUUCAAUAGAACUGCCUAUGCUUGUGGUUAGAGCGAACACAAUGCACACUCAUUAAUUACCACACUUCCCCAGACGAAAUCUAAAUGAUUCACUUUGUCUUUGUUGUGGAUACUGUCGCACACUGAGCAUAAAAAAAAAAAAUCCUCUUCUUCUCAUCAGUUUUCCCAUAA